AAAUUCUUAAGGGGUUGGACAGGCUAGAUGCAGGAAGAUUGUUCCCGAUGUUGGGGAAGUCCAGGACAAGGGGUCACAGCUUAAGGAUAAGGGGGAAAUCCUUUAAAACCGAGAUGAAGAGAACUUUUUUCACACAGAGAGUGGUGAAUCUCUGGAACUCUCUGCCACAGAGGGUGGUUGAGGCCAGUUCAUUGGCUAUAUUUAAGAGGGAGUUAGAUGUGGCCCUUGUGGCCAAGGGGAUCAGAGGGUAUGGAGAGAAGGCAGGUACGGGAUACUGAGUUGGAUGAUCAGCCAUGAUCAUAUUGAAUGGCGGUGCAGGCUCGAAGUGCCGAAUGGCCUACUCCUGCACCUAAUUUCUAUGUUUCUAUGUUUCUCUCCCCUCCCUCUCUUCCUCCCCUCUCUCCCGGACUCCCAAUGGGGAGUCUGGCGGGCACGGUGCAGCGUAGAUUGGCGGCACUGGCGCUGCAGUGUGAGUUGAAGGGCAGGAGAGAGGGAGGGAGGCUGCUGCGGCGGCUAGCAGUGUAGUGGUCGCAGCCGGCACACAGGAGGCGCUGACACCCGCUGCCCGGGACCGACGCGCUUCCCCAGACGGUGCAGAUUGCUGUCAUGUGGCGCAAAGAGACAACUGUGCUAGAACUGAAGACAGCGUGAGAAUUCUGUCAUCAGCGCGAGGGCGUGAGAAUGGAUUGAAAUGCGUGAUUCUCACGCUCAAAGCGUGAGAGCUGGCAGCCCUGCAGUUAGCCUGACAUGAGUGGUGGGGAAGAUACUGGAGUCGAUUAUCAAGAUGUAAUCCAAAGGCGCAUUUGGCGGGGGUCGAGACCCCCCCCCCCCCUCGGGUCUCGACUCCCAGGUUAAGAACCGCUGAGAUAAAGGAUACAGGGGACAACAUUUAGUGCAAAUAGUGUCUGGAGAUGGCGCUUGACCCGAUGUGUGUGUGUGUUGUACUUCUUCCUUUCAUUUAAGAUUCUACGCUUUAAAAAAAAAUCUUCAUUUGAAGAAAAUGUAGAAAUGCUUGCUUUCUCCCAGGUUGAUUUCCUGUCUGCGGGACCGAGCACACACACACACACAUGAAGUUACAGUCAUCCGGUCCAUGUUCUGAAAUUGGCGGUUUCUCUGCUCGGCAACAAUGAAACUUCAACGGAACUUGCUGCGAGGUUUUUUUUUUAAAUGCUGUCCACUCUCUGUUAAACGUGGUGUUUGUUUGCUUGCCACUGCCCAGAGUCUCUCUCGUUUCCUCUUCAUUCGAUUCACUGGAAGGGCACGGUAUUUGAGAGCCCAAAAUAAAAUCAAGAAUUUGAUUGGUGACGGAGGGCAGCUUGUUUAAAAGUUAAACACUGACUGCUGCCGAAUUGCACGGACGGCAACAGGGUGGAAAACGGGUUUCUGCCCUUCUGUGUCCUCCACCCAUGAACACCUUCAGGCAACCUGAUCCGUUCGUUUCCUGCGAUUGCAUUUCUAGUUGCAUCGUGCAAAAUAAUUUACAGUUGAAUUAAGACAAUUUUUGAAUGUGUGGUGGUUUUAUAUGUGCGAAUGGCUGGAAUCUGCUACUGUAAAGUAGCACACACAAAGGUAUACAGUUUACCCUGAGCUGCAACUCUCUGGUGAGAGGCCACUGACUGACUGACUGACUGAGGGCUUUUAGUUUUGGUCGCUGGCUCCCCCGGUCACACGAGCAGAAGCCCCCAUGUCCGGGGCGAGCUGCCCCCCGUGGAAGUUGUCCCAUUGCCGAACAUCACCGUUAAAUAAUUUUACUGUGAGGGGGUGGCGUUCGUGGGUGUGGCUGUUUGUGAGCGAGCGGUGCCAGAACAAAACCAGAGCUUCCACUUCCCUUACGAACCGAGCCAGUCCUCAAGUCCGCGACAACGGCGAGGAAGUCAGCGCAAAGUGCUCCAUCAUCGCGGCCCCGGAGCACAGUUAACGGCAAGCCACGAGGGAAACGAUUAAAGGUAAAGGAUGAAAAGGUCUACACGAUUACUUGAAAAGGUUGUGCUGUGUGUCUUGAUAACUCUGGGAUUGGUCUUUGUGUUUUGGAAUGAUGGCCCAUUGCAAAAGACUGAUGACGUUGUCACAGAAGCUAUCCAUCACAAAGAUUUACCAAAGCUUGUUGUUGAAGCAAUUAAAUUGGUGGUUGAGCCCAAGUGCCGAGAAAACAAGACAUUCCUGGACCAACCCGCAUUUAACCAACAGCCCCAGCACAUAAAAAACUUCUUGCAGUAUAAACACUGUCGAGAAUUUGGUAUGAUUCAGAAUGUCCCAAACAAGUGUUGGGGUCGAGAAGGCUCUGGCAAUGUCUUCUUGCUUCUGGUGAUCAAGUCUGACCCAUUCAACCAGGACCGACGCGAUAUGGUAAGAAAGACCUGGGGGAAGGAACGUGAAUUCCAAGGGGUCCAAAUACGGAGGGUCUUUAUGUCCGGUGUCUCUCCUGACCAGAAGGAAGGGAAGAAGUUGAAUUGGCUGUUAGCAACUGAGAAUAGAGAACAUGGAGACAUCCUGCAAUGGGAUUUCCUGGAUACCUUCUUCAACCUGACACUCAAGCAGUACAAGUUGCUGCAGUGGGUCGAUGAAUUUUGCCCCAGUGCUCGGUUCAUCUUCAAUGGAGAUGAUGAUGUCUUUGCUAACACUGACAACAUGGUUCAUUACUUGCUGGGCAUGAAUUCUCACCAGCACCUGUAUGUGGGGCAUCUCAUUCAUGGGGUUGGGCCCAUCCGAGAGAAGAGGAGCAAAUAUUAUGUGCCAGAGGUGGUGACCUCCAGCAACUCGUACCCACCGUACAUUGGCGGAGGGGGCAUACUUAUGUCUGUUUACACAGCUAAUAUUAUCUAUCGCAUUGCCAAAAACCUCGAACUAUUCCCCAUUGAUGAUGUUUUCCUGGGGAUGUGCCUGGCUAAGGCUGGGCUGGCCCCAAGCUCGCACCUGGGCUUCAGAACAGCUGGAAUCAGGGUUCCAUCCAUUCAGGAUGACUCGUUCAAUCCUUGCUAUUAUCGUGAGUUGCUGCUGGUGCACCGUUUUCGGCCAUAUGAACUGCUGUUGAUGUGGGAUGCAGUGCACAAUGCUAGUCUGAGGUGUGCUUACUCUCCGCAGAGAAUUGCAUUGGAGGCAAGGAACCGCGGGAGAUGGUAACAACUGUUGGAAUGUAGUACCGUCUGUGGAUGUGCAUUUUUUUCCAAAGUUGCUCGUGUUGUUUAAGAUAUGUUGCUGAAUUGCGAAAUGACAUUGAAUCAAAUGCCUAUGUCCUGUGUCUUUUUAUAUCCUCUGUGUUUGAUAUGUUGUUAGGCUGCAAGAGGAACAUCAUCCCUCGGCCUAAUAUCUAUUGCACUCAUAGCCACAUUGAAACAGGGACACUACAAUCUAUUGUGGCCAAGUUAAAACCACUCCAGAUGAACAGAGGUCACUUGGCACUGAGCACACCCCCGUGGCACAUUUGCACUGUACGAUGCAUUUUUAACAAAUGAUGCAUCGGAACACCUUAUUUUUGCCUUUUCUUACCUGCAGCCUACCCUGCAAAAUGAGCAGUGGAAUAAAUGUAUUUCCUGGUAGGGAACACCGAGAAUGAUGGAUAAAUGAGAAUACUUUGAAUCACUGUCUUUAGUUGUCUCAGAAUUGAAGGAUCGGAGAGGCAAUAAAUAUCAUCACUUAACUGCUAAAAGCCUAUCAUGGAUUGAACAACCCAAUGGGCUGAACCUUGUCCAGCUUCUUUGCGCCAACUUAGAUACCAAGGCCUUCUUCUAACAGACCAUCCGAGUAAUAAUAUUCCUCUUCAACUACAGUAUUUCUUGUAUUUGGCAAGUUCAAGCCCUAUGUUAUAUAUCUUUGAAUGAUGUUGUCUUUCUGGAAAGACUGAUGCUACUGGAUGUCAUGAAAUAAUUUGUUUAUAUUACUCGUGUAUUGUUGGGAUUAAAUCUUUUGUAGACCAAAGAAAGAAAAAUGGUCUUGAUUUAAUUAAAAAAUUAAUUGUCUUCCUCGGUUUUAUUUAAGGUAUUCCCUGUCAGUAGGUAAAGUAGUGAUGAACAGGCAUGUGAAAUUAUUCUUCUAUCAUCCUUCACUGGCCUUAAAGCACUUUGGCAUGUCUUGAUGUAGUAGUUGUGUCUCAGUACUCUCUGUUCUAUCCAUAUCUCAUAGAACAUAGAACAUAGCAUAACACAGGAGCAGACCUUUGGCCCACAAUGUCAGCACCAAACUUGAUGCCAAUUUAAAAUAAUUCCAUCUGCCUGCACAGGGUCUAUAUCCUUCCAUCGUCUGUACGUUCUUGUUCCUAUCCAAAAACUCUUAACUGUUGCUAAUAUACCUGAUUCCACCACAUCCACCAGGAAGCAUUCCAGGCACCUACCACUCUAUCUAUACAUUUGUAUAUCCCCUUUCACCUAAAAUCUAUCUUCUCCCCGCACCCCACCCCCUGGUUUUUUACAUAUUUUAAUAAUAUGCCGUCCUGGGAAUAUGAGGACCACUCAUAAUGUUAUAUCUCAGUCACGUCCCUUUUUAACCACUUCUGCUAGCUUGCUAAAUCUCCACUACACCCGCCCCAGCACCAUCACUUCCUUCCUGUACUUCUGUAUUUCAGCUGAGGAUUGACCAAUGUUGCCAUUAGUUUAUGACCAAUGUUGUGUUAAACGUUUGUGUAAAUGUUCUCCGGUUUGUUUUAUGUGGGGGAGGGGGAAACAUUUUUCAGGACUUGCAGCAGAGUUGACCCUUUGCUUGGGAUCGCUCCAACUGCGGCCUUGACAUCGGGAGCUCAGCAGUCUCGGGAGAGGCCGUGGUUGUCGGGAGCUCCAAUCGACCAGGAUCGACCGUCCGGCGCGGGGGAGCUGACAUCCCCUGAUGCAGGAACAGAUCGCCUCGACGUGGUGGACCCACCGCUGGCUACGGGAGUCAAGAUCAUCCCGUCAACGGAGGGCUCGAGGCCCCCGACCGCGGGAUAGCAAAGGGAAGAGUGAACUUUUUUUCACCUUCCAUCAGAGAGAGGAAUGUGGAGGAGUCUCUGUGAUGGAUGCUUAUGUUAAAAUGUGUUUUAUGUGUUCCAUUGCUUUUUUAGUUGUAUGACGGACUUGGCAAAUUAAAUUCCUCGUAUGUUGCGAAACAUACUUGGCUAAUAAAGUA